AUGGCAGCGGCAUCCGCCGCGGCGCCCGAGCCCGCGCCCGCCAUCGAGACCAAGUCCAUGGAUCACCGCGGCCUUACCGUGAUGCCACUGCCGCUGCCGUUGUCCGGCCCAGAGAGCCUCGCCUUCGACCGCCUCGGCGGCGGGCCCUACACCGGCGUCUCUGACGGCCGCGUCCUCCGGUGGCGCGGCCCCCGCCUCGGCUGGACCGUCUUCGCCUACAACUCCAGACACAAGAGCGUGGGUAUGUGCGCGGCGAAGAAGAAGCUGAUGGUGCCGGAGAACGUGUGCGGGCGGCCGCUGGGGCUGCAGUUCCACCACAAGACCGGCGACCUGUACGUCGCCGACGCGUACCUGGGGCUGCUGAGGGUCCCGGCGCGCGGUGGGCUGGCGGAGGUGGUGGCAACGGAGGCCGGCGGCGUGCCCUUCAACUUCCUGAACGGGCUGGACGUCGACCAAAACACUGGCGACGUCUACUUCACGGACAGCAGCACCUCGUACCCAAGGAGCGAGUACCUACUGGUGGUGGCCCUGGGCGACGAGACGGGGCGGCUGCUCCGGUACAACCCUCGGACACGCCGCGUUGCCGUGCUCCACGACAACCUCUCCUACCCGAACGGCGUGGCGGUGGCCGCCGACGGGUCGCACGUCGUGGUGUCGCACACGGCGCUGUCGGAGCUGCGCCGGUACUGGGUGCGCGGGCCCCGGGCCGGCGAGAACGAGACGUUCGCGGAGCUGCCGGGGUAUCCCGAUAACGUGCGCUCCGACGGGCGCGGCGGGUACUGGGCGGCGCUGAGCCACGGCCCGAACGACGCAAUCAGCGCCGCCGUCGACGCCGCGCCGACGAUGGCCGUCAGGGUGGGCCGUGGCGGCGCCGUGGAGGAGGCGCUGGAUGGGCUGAGCUUCGCGACGGUCAGCGAGGUCGGCGAGCGCAACGGCACGCUCUGGGUCGGGUCCGUCGACACGCCCUACGCCGGCGAGCUCAGCCCACGCUAGAGCUAGCU